AUGCAAUCAAGUCCAGGAGUCACUACUAGAGCGCGCGGUAAGCGAAAGGUCGCAGUAGAUCUCUGCCAUAGCAAUCCCGAGCCCUCGCCGAAAUACAGUAAGACGAACUCAUCCGCAAGGCGCGCGUCGAAAGCGUCGGUCAUUACUAUCGAGGACUCUGACGACGACGAAGACUUCCAAUUGAUUCUCCAACAAAUAAAGGAUCAGGAGGAGAGCGAGGCUCUAGCCAAACGAUUGCAAGAAGGGACUGCUUCAACGUCUCUCAUAAAUGGCAGUGAGACUGCUGACGCAGGCUGGCCAAAGACCACAAGUGACCGUCAAGGUCUUGAAGAUCUUGAAGACGACGCGGCGAUGGCACGGCGAUUAGCUGCUGAAUGGGCUGCCAUAGAUUCGUCCAUUGAAAUCGCGGACACUGGCUCUACUUCAACACGGGAAGGGCCUCUCAGAGUUCCGAAAGAUGCAGCGAAUACGACCCCUCCCGACGAGCAGCUGAGCGAAUACAAAGACCUGUUCACUGUCCGGGCGCUCGCAGUUUUUGAAACAUUGGGCGCAUUCGACCGUCUUGUCCUUUAUGAGCGCGAAACUGCUGCUUCUCGAGCUCGGAAAAUUCCCAGAAAUACCGGCGGGGCUGACUCAGUAGGGCCAGGCGGAACAGGCUAUGCAACAGGCUAUAGCGUACUCGCACACCAAAUGGUUCAACAGUCACAACCUCAGGCCCAACAGCAGAGUACAUCUGUUGUCAAUUCAUCUAAAGAUCAUGCCGCGCAUUCUGACCGCAUAACCUGUUGUGCGCUCGAAACCUUGAUCAAACUCCUUCCUGCGCCAUACUCCGCCGAUCCGCAAACAUACGACUUCCUUCCCCAUCCGUCCCUCGGCCCCCUCCUCGCCCUUUCCCAAUUAACCGAAGUCCUAUCUAACCUCCUGCGUAAUGACAGCAUAUCGGAUUGGGGGAACCGGUCAGGGACCUAUCAAACGGUGUUGAGUUUGUUAAGGAGGAUGGCCGAUUCUGAGGUAACCUUACGGAGGCUAGUCGAGAGGAAGUGGGAAGUGAAACAGAGCUGUAGCAUAGACCAGUGGAUGUGGGAGAAGGGAGAGAUUAUUUGGGAGCGUGAGGGAAAGGGCGGGGAAGGAGCGAUCGUCCGUGGCGUGCCACUAUACCACCACUUCGAGAAGCUCACGAGGCAAUGUGAGGCUUUCUUAUCUGGUGCGCUCCAGAUGAUGGAGAACUCGGCAGAAGACGACGCAGAGGUCGACGAGGCUAUGAUGCAGACGACUUCCUUAUGCGGAGACAUCAUUGCUGCGAGAGAUGAUAUUCAACGGACGAUGGCCGCCCUUGGUUCAGAGGCUGAGGUUGACGAAGUACCUGGACCAGAACCUAUCGUCGAGACUUCGGACGUUGACGUUGAUAAGCCCAGAAAGAAAGCGAAGGGUAAGGCCAAGGCCAAAGGCAAGGCUAAAACCACAAUCGCCACGGAAGACACGCAUAAAGUCGACCAAGAGUACGCGCAGGCCUGCGAACGAUUGGCAUUCAAAUAUGUCAGACUUGCCGCCGACAGCGAAGAUAAUGGCCGUAGCGGUUUGAAAUAUCCUUCGUUCAACUUCAACGCCGCACUCUCGUCGUCCUCGAGUGAAACAAGGAUCCCAAAGGACCGUAUGCAUUUAGUGAAAGAACUUGCUGUUAUGGCCACAAGUUUACCCCCCGGCAUAUGGGAUUAUAAUCUAUACUUACUUUUCGUUGACGAUAACUUACAAAGCAAAAUCAUGAUCGCUGGCCCAGAGGGUACGCCUUACGCAAACGGCCUUUUCGAAUUCGAUUGCUUCAUGCCUCUCGACUAUCCGAAAUCCCCCCCUCAGAUGCACCUCCGUACCACCGGCAACGGACGUGUCCGCUUCAACCCGAAUCUCUACUCCUCUGGUAAGGUGUGCUUAUCGCUUCUGGGGACUUGGCAUGGCGGACCAAACGAGGGGUGGGCGCCCUACAAGUCAACGCUUCUCCAAGUAUUAGUAAGUAUCCAAAGCAUGAUACUGAUCGAUCUACCGUGGUACAACGAACCUGGCAGGGGUAAAGCCAAUGCAAAGUGCCAGGCUUCGAUUGAUUACAACAAGGAACUGGCUAAUUCGACCACCGUGUGGGCCAUCCUUGACUGGCUACGCGACGAACAUCGGAACGGUAUAUGGGCCGACGUGAUCGUCUCCCACUUUACGAUUCGAAGUGCACAGACACGGGCACAGUAA